AUGAGUAUUUAUCUUUUUAUAUAAAUUACUUUGCUGUUAGUAAAAGUUACCUCUUAACUAGAUGUAAGAUUCUUAGCUGAUCAUUAGUAUACUAGUGUUUAUGCAACACAAGAUUAUUCAGACAAUUAUCAUAAAAUACCUAUAUCUAAUCUUCUUGAUACUUCAUUACCUUAGUAGAGCUUCACAAUUACAGCUAAAUUCGAUUCUAAACAAACUAUAAGUGGAGUAAAAUCUAGUUUGAUGUAUAUAGCUUUGAACAGUGAUCCAACAACUUACUUUAUGAAUGUAUAAUUUGACUUUACUUAAUCACCCAUUCAGCUAUAAAUUGAAGAGUCUGCUUCUUCUAGUUUGUCAGAUUAAUCAUUUUCAUAUCCAAACUUUUUUAAUAGUGGAGUACAUGAAAUUGCAAUUUCAUUUAAUCAGAUCACUUCAAUAAGCUACUAAAUAUCUUUUGUGUUUAGGAAUAGUAUAGAUAAUAAUAUUUCUAACACAUUUACUUAAGCUUCUUAAAUUACUAUUACAGAUUUGAGUCUCUACACUUUGUUUCUUUCAAGUUUUCAGCUAAAUUUAAGCAGCGAAUUUUAUUAAGGAUCUGUUUAUAAAGUCUUUAGCGUUAGAAAUUUAUUUAUUGAUUUUACCACUAAUUAUGAAUUAUCUUAAUUCAGUUUAAUGCUUUCAGAAUAAGCGCAAGAGUUUUUUACUUUAUUUAAAUAUUUUGUUAAAGAUUAAUUAGAUACUAAAAAUUGUAUACCCGAUGAAUCAUUUUAUUCUUAGAAUUGUUUCUAUUUUAAUUAAUCACCUAUAACAUCUUAUGGUACUGGAUAUGCAACCUUUUAUGGAGGAAACUACUUGUACACAUCAAUCUCUAUGUAGAAAUACUUCUCUUAUUACUAACUCAAUAAUCCUGCUCUGUUUAUGACAAUAUCCUUCUGGUUUUAUCUAUAAUCUGUAGAUCCGAUUAGUAACAGCUAAUCUCCUCUUAUGACAUUUUAUUUAGGAAAUUAGUAAUUCCUAAGUGUGUUCUACUACUAUGUAAGCAGCAAUUAAUACUAGAUAAAAAUUUAAUGGAGUAAUUAGUAAUAAAUAACAGAUUUGACAUAAUUCACUUUGAAUGUAUAACAAUAUUACUUUAUUCUUGUUUCUUAUUAUAAUUUCUCAAGAUAAAGUCUUUAAGUACUUAUAUAUGAUAGCAACACUUUGUAAUUAAAUCAGAAUUAAAAUUCAGGGCCAUUAAAUUUUAAUCUUGGAACACAAACCUAAGAUUUAUUAAUUAACUUUGGUGAUACAUUAUCAAAAAUACCUAGUGGUAGUUUUUAUAGAAUAUCGCAAUAUUCGAUAAAUUUGAGUAGCUCAAUAAUUUACACUCCAUCUAUAGCUUCAAGUAUUAUAAAUAAUUGUGAAGUUGCUAUUUAUGUCAGAAACACUUUCGUCUGCCUUCUCUGUCAAGCAAAUUAUUUUCUAUUAAAUAAUGCUUGUUUAAUUUAAUGCAAUUUAAAUACACACAACCAAGUGCAAGAAAUUAGGUCUUGCAUACCGAAAUGCUCAUAUAAGUGCAGCUCAUGUGAUCCUAGCACUCCUAGUACAUGUAAUUUAUGUAGUUCAAGUGACAGAGACUCUACUAUAAAUUGUCUAUGCAAAAUAGGAUAUGAAGAUUUUAUGAGUAUAAACUGUUAAAAAAACACAAAUUCAGUAUUAUCUUUUAUUGUAGAUGAUUAUUAUGACACAAUUGUUUCUAAUUAUUGGGCAGUAAGUAAAGGCUUUAAUAAUGGUUUUACAUAAACUCCUUUUCUCAUAUUAUCUAUUACCAAAGUAGCAUCUGAUUUAUCUGAUAUCAAAGCUGUAACAGUAGCUAACUCUCAAAUUACUACUACUAGCUAUUCUGUUUAGCUUUAAGGAUCCUUCAAUAAAAAUGGGGGUUUCUUUAACACAGAUUUUCAUUUGUAGGUUAUUGUCAUUCCAAAUACUACAUAAUACAAUUCUGGUGUUCUUAAUUUUAUAAUUUCUGACUCUAACACUCUUAGUUAGCAAUAUAGUUUAGGAAAUUACGAUUUUUAAACUUACGGAUAAUAUCAGAUACUAACUUUUAUUUCUGGAAUAUAAUUUGGUAACAAUGCUGGAUAAACUCAAACAAGUUUAAGUUUGAGUAUAUAAACAGAUUUAACUAACAAGUUAAUAUUAGUGACAGCAUCAUAAAUUCAAUAAAUUUAAAUUACUUACUUAAUUUGUCCUUCUGACAUGCCUUCUCUUUACCAUAAUUCAUAAAUAACAUAAAACCCAGGAAUUUACAUAGAUCCAACAUUAAAACAUUACUAAAAAACUCACAUAUCAAACUACACAUUAAAUGGUAUAAUGUCAGAUAUUACAUCUCUAAGGUAUAAAAAUAUUUAUGGCUUGACUGGCAUACAAACCAGCUUUUUAUAGUCAUCUCAAUUUAUUGAUUAUGAAUUAAUACCAAGAAGCAAUCCUGCGAUACAACAGAUACGUUUAUCGAUGAAAUCAUAUGAGCUAUUUCAAUAUUCGGGUAAUAUUUUAUAUCUAGCUUUACCUUACAAUCAAUAUGAUAACUGUUAAACAAGAGACUUCUAAACUAAGGCUUGCUUUUUCUGCAAGUAAGCGUAUCUAAAUUUUAAUGACAACUGCUAAACAGCAAAUGCAUAAGUUUAAAUUACACUAACAGAUAUUUUCGAUAAAUUAGUCAUUUCUUUCCCAUAUGCGAUUAGCACAUACGGAUAUUAAGGCCCAGAAAAUAGUAACUUACUAUGUAAAUAUAUUUUUGAUAGCUCUACCUAUCAAAAGUUAGCUUAAUCAUCUUUGUGUCUUAUUCAACUAAAUGCUAUAAAUGUAAUUUUAGAUUAUGAUGCAACAAUAUUCAGUGGAGACACAGUAAAUUUUAACAAUGUCAUUAUGGUAACUGAAUAUUAAGCUUUAAUAAUAAAUUAUAAUGGAAAUACUGUAACUUAAAGUAAUUUACCAUAGCCUGAUGUGGUUUUAGAUUACCAGCCAAUUAUUAAUUAAUGUGAUAAUUUAAAAAUUGUUAUAAAACAAUUUCUAAACACUGUAAAUAAAGGAGUUAGCAAUUUUUAUUGGACUUUAGAUUCUGUGGUACCUAAUAUACAAGCUCUGAGUGACAAUUUACAAUAAAUAUUAAAUUCAGUUAAUACUAAUCAAACACCAACAAUUUUUGUGCCUCUUGAAUAUUUUAUAUAAGAAGUUUAAAUUUCUUUUACACUAGCUUAUUAAUAUAAAAUUAAGACAAGCUCUUCAAAAUCAAUAAGUAUUUAAGUUUUAGGCUAAACUUAGAUAAAUAUUGCUGGUAGAUAAUUAGUUGAAGGACCUUAUUACUUAAAAGAUUUAAUAACAAUCUAUUUUGAUGCUUUUAUAGUUAUGUGCAAUUAAAACAGAGUUUAGUUAAUAGAUACUCAGUAAUCAAUAAAUGUUAAUAUUUAAGAAAGUAUCUUAGGAUUAAAUAAUAAUUUGAGUCUAUCAAACAAUAGAUCAUUUUAGUAAGUACUAUAGCCAUACAGUUUGCAAGUUAACACUUAAUAUAAUUUUUAGCUAACAUUUUAAACAGAUAGUGGAAUUUAAGGAACAUCUAGUUAUUAUAUAAUAAUAAGCAAUUGUCCUCUGAUAGUGUAAAUAUAAGGUGGGAAUAGAAUCUAAAACUACAGCGAUUAGCUCAUUCUUACAUCUGACAUAAGGGAUUUAGAUUUAAAUUAAAGUAUUACUUAAGACUAAUAAAUUUAAUACACGUGGUCAUGUAUAGAUCUUUAAACUUAAGCUGCAUGUAAAGAUAUCGAAUAAAAUAUUAUCCCUAUCCCUCAAAAUAGUAUGGUAUUAAAAUUUGAUCCCUUAACUUUUAAAGAAUAUACUAAUAUUUAGUUUACUUUAGUUGGAAAUAAAGAUACAAGAACUUCAAGCAGUUAAGUUGUGAUUUCUUUUAUUGAUAACUCAAUCCCUUAGUCUUUAAUUAACUUUAAAGAUGAUAUUUUAAUAAGAAACAGUAUAAAUUUGAAUGACGUAAUAGAAGCUACUAUUUAAUAUGAUUCUAAUUAAGAUGUAAAUUUGCUAUUUUUUGGUGGAGCUAUCAUUUACUAAAAUCAAGUAGUUGCCUCUAUGGAGUUUGAGUAUGGUAAAGUCAGAUUCUAAAUUUGGAAUUAUUUUUCUUAAUUUGUGCCUACAAAUCAUUAAAUAGUGCUGAGAUUUUCUGUUUAUAAUCCUAAAUAUUCUAUACCUAGUUAAAGCAUAUAUUAAUUUAAACUAAAUUUCCCUCCAUAUAACUGUUAGUUUGGAAGUGUUCCAAUCAAAGGAAAUUCAAUUUAAACUAUAUUUUCGUUGGUUUUAUCAUCUUGCUAGAGUAAUAAUAUGCCUAUUUCAUACAAAUUCUUUUAUUAUACUUCUUAGGAUUUAUAUAAAUUAGAAGUAAAAAAUCCCUUGCUGGUAUAAAGAAAAUAAAUUACAGAUUUAACUUAUUUGUCGUAGGUAGAAACUUUCUUGCCUCCAGGAGAUAUACUGAUAUUAGUACAAGCUAUAGAUUCUUUAGGAGCAAUAUAUAAUGUUACCUAAUUAAUAUAAGUGAGUCAAAGCGCUUUUGACCAAAAUUCAUACAUUUAAGCUGUAAAUAAUAUGAUCUAAUAUUCACAGACAUAGUCAAAGCUUACUUAAAUAUUAACUUUAUCUCUUCUUAGCGAAGAUAUUAUUUCAAGACCAAACUUUUAUCCAGCAAUAUAAUAGUAAAUAGGAUAUAUCUAUUCUUAACUAAUGAACUUAACAACUAACGAAUAUUAAUAAUCAACUUUUUCAACACUUGCUACAUAAUAAAUAUCAAAAAUGACCUAAGGUAGCAUAAAUAAAAGUACAUAAAUAACCUUUGACGAUAUAUUAAACUACAUUCAGCAAUUAUUAAAAGUCAUUUAAAGUUAGUUAUCUCAGGAUAGCUAAAUUCAGUACUUGAAAGAUUUGUACAAUUAACAGAUUUAUAACGCUUUCAAUAUAUUGGAUUAAAGCACGUCUUUGGUAUCAGAUAAUAGUACUAUUUAAGCAACUAUUGUUUAACUUUCACAGCAAAUAGGUAACUUAUUAAAUUUAGAUGCCUUACCUAAUGAAAAUUAGAAACAAUUUAACGGAUCCAAUAUUUUAGUUGUAAGCUAAUUAGUUACUAGUAAAAACUUACCUAUAUAUUUAGAUUAGAGUUUAUAUGAUAGUACUUGGCAAUCAAAUAUAUAAUAAUUACCACCAUUUUAAGAAAAGCUUAAUUAAGUUUAUCAAGUUUCAUACAAAUAAUACAAUAAAAAUUUAUACAUGAAUGAAUAACCAUUUUAAGAUUUUUUAAAAGAAAUACAAAAAAAUCAAACAAGCUAUACUAUUAAAAAUUAUAGUGUAGUUGACCCAUAAAUAUAGACUAUAGAAAAUCAAAAAAAUUUGGUUCCACCUAAAUAAGUUUCCUUUACAUUUAAGCCAAUUAAAAAUGAAACUUUGAACUGUAUAAAUAGAAAUAACAAUUAGUGGACUACUGAUGGAUGCAAAACUGUUUAUAAUAUAUAGUUAAACAGUUAUGAUUGUGUAUGUGAUAAUUUAAAUCCCGUUACAGUUUUUAAUAGUAUUGAGAAUAUUUUUACUAAUAAUACAAAUAUCAAAACAAUAUUUUCAGGAUAAGGUGUUGAUAAUAUUUCUAAUUUUGAUAACUUUUAUAAGUACAUAUCAUUUUGGGAAAUUGGUGCUUUGACACUCUUGUUUAUAAUACUUUUUAUUUAUGGAGCCUUCUUAGAUAAAAAAUCUUUAUUAAAAUCGCCUUAUUUAGUAACUAAGGUAUUUGAUGAAGACUUAAAAUUAAAUAAAGAAAAAAUAGAAUUAAAAAGCAAAGAAAAUUAAAUUCAAAUAGAGUAACAAAAAAUUCUUAAGAAAGAAGAUAUGGAACAAGAAAAAUUUUCUAAGCCUAGUAAUGUUUAAAAUGAUAUAGAGAACAAGUCAAGUCACUCAAUUAAUUUAGUGUAAAGUUAAAUCUAAUAGGUUGAUAUGCACCAUAAAAUAAAUGAUUAAUAAAACACAGAGAUUCUUAUAACUUAGUCUUCUCCUUUUAUUCCUUAAAAGUUAUUAGGCCAAAAUAAUUAAAAAAAUACAAAUGAAGAUAGAGAAUAGCAUAAAGAUAUUGAGUUUACGAAAAGAGAUAUAAAUCCUGCUACACCUUUACAAGUAUGUCUAAACAGCGAAAAAAAUUUGAUAGAGAACUAAUAAAGCAAAGACUCUAAAUAAAAAAAACUAGAAUCCAUAAAUAUUUUGAAAGGAAUUUUAUAUUUUCAUGACAUUUUUAGCGUAUUUCUUAUAUAUGACGAAUAAUUAAGCAGAUUUAGUAGGUUUUUAGUGUAAUAUGUGAGAAUAUUACACAUAUAUGUUUCAAAUAUAAUUUUUAAUCAAAAUUAUACAGCAGUUUAAGUUGCUUUCAUAUAGAUAGCUAAUAUUAUUGUAGUUACUAUAAUAACAAAAAUUAUAGAAUUUGGGUAUAGUAGAAAAGGUAUAAUUUAGAAAAUAUUGAAAUUCAUUAUAUUUUUGCUUGUUCUGUUUUAUUACUAUGCUUUCUUCGCUAUCGUUAGUGGCUAAGAUCCAAGUUCGACUAAUGAGAUUUCGCUUAAAUUUUUAGGUACUUUAUUAAUUGGAGUAUUAGCUACUGAUAUUUUUUUUGCAAUAUUGUUGAGAUAUGUUGGUAUCAAACUUGCCACUAAACAAGAUCUUAAAGGAAUUUACUAAAAAUUAUACGACCUAAUCAAAUUAUAAUUGAUAUUAUAAAAUAUUUGA